AUGGAUCCACCCCAACCAAAACAAACUUCUCUCUCUCGUCGUUAUCAUCUCAGUAAACCAGAUCUCUCCCCGCUAAAAUGCAGCAGGAGCUUCCGAACAUUAACCAGUGGGUGUCGAGUUGAUUUCCGGCAACAAAAAAAUUGCGGGUGGGUCUCGAAUCGGAUUUCCGACGAGAAAUGUUUUGCAGGUGGGGAAGGCAUUGAAGGUGUUCAAUUUGUUGCAUUGAUUUACUGUGAAGGCUUUCACAAACACCCUCAAUCGAUGGCGUUUGGGAGAUUUUACACUAGUAAGAGCAUUGCAGUUAGUAGGUGUUUACAGGAGGGUCGAAUGUGUUAUAGAGUGGUUUGUGAAAGGUAUCUCGUGGAUAUCUGAAUUAGAUUAUGUGUUUGACGGGUUUUUGCCAUUGAAGUUCAAGUUUCUAAUUUGGGAUAGUUUGCUUCUAAGUUGUAACACCUCUCCCACGGUGAUUUAUGUUCUAAAUAUUUUACAUUGGAAUGUGUUAAUGCAUGUAUUGUUUUCCAGCUAAAACUAACAUGGAACGUGACAGAGAAUAACAUAUUAUGUUUGGUUUGUAGGAAAUAAAUUUGGAAUAAUGCAAAAUAAAAAAAAAAUUGUCAUU